AUGAACUUCCAGGUGAGGGGUCUGGGCCUGGACAAGAUGAAGCUGGACAGCCCGCAGUCCUGCCUGGACCAGGAGGAGGUGGAGGAGGCCGAGGAGGCCGAGGACCAGCAGCUGCUGGAGCCCGAGGCCUGGAGGACCUACGUGGAACGCCGCAACGCCCUGCGGGAGUUCCUGGCCUCGGACCUGAGCCCGCACCUGCUCAAGCGCCACCAUGCGCGCGUGCAGCUGCUCCGGAAGUGCUCCUACUACAUCGAGGUCCUCCCCAAGCACCUGGCCCUGGGCGACCAGAACCCGCUGGUGCUGCCCAGCGCCAUGUUCCAGCUCAUCGACCCCUGGAAGUUCCAGCGCAUGAAGAAGGUAGGGACGGCGCAGACCAAGAUCCAGCUGCUGCUGCUCGGCGACCUGCUGGAGCAGCUGGACCGCGGCCGCGCCGUGCUGGACGCCCUGCUCGAGUCGCCCGACCCGCGGCCCUUCCUGGCCGGCUGGGCGCUGGUGGAGCAGCGGCUGACGGACCUGUCAGCCACCAUGGACAGCUUCCUGGCCAUCAUGGUGCCCGGGCGCCUGCACAUUAAGCACCGCCUGGUGUCCGACAUCGGGGCCACCAAGAUCCCCCACAUCCGGCUCAUGCUGAGCACCAAGACGCCGGUCAUGUUCGACCGCAAGGAGUCGGUGGCCCACCAGGACUGGGCCAGCCUGCGCUGGUUCGUCACCCUGCAGCCCGCGGCGCCCGAGCAGUUCGAGCUGCGCUUCAAGCUGCUGGAGCCGCGGACGCAGCAGGAGUGCACGCACUGCGGCGUGAUCCCCGUGGCCGCCUGCGCCUUCGACGUCCGCAACCUGCUGCCCAGCCGCUCCUACAGGUUCACCAUCAAGAGGGCCGAGAGCUACACGCUGGUGUACGAGCCCUGGCGGGACAGCCUCACCCUGCACACCAAGCCGGGCCCCCAGUCGGCCGGGUGA